ACGUUCAAUACUGCUGCGCCUUGCAGAGAUGUUCAAGACUUGACUAAUGGGGUUGCCAUGGCACAGGUACUUCACCAAAUAGAUGUCGCUUGGUUUGAUGCAUCUUGGCUAAAUCGCAUUAAAGAUGAUGUUGGAGACAACUGGAGAAUAAAGUCCAGUAAUCUGAAGAAGAUACUGCAAGGAAUUAUGGACUAUUAUCAUGAGUUCUUGGGUCAGCAGAUUUCAGAAGAGCUUAUUCCAGACUUAAACCAGAUAUCUGAGAACUCAGAUCCCACUGAACUUGGCAGGCUUCUGCAGCUUAUUUUAGGUUGUGCGGUCAACUGUGAAAGGAAACAAGAACACAUACAAAAUAUCAUGACCCUUGAAGAGUCUGUUCAACAUGUUGUCAUGACUGCCAUUCAAGAGCUCAUGAGCAAGGAAGUAACAGGUUCUUCCACAAGUGAUGCAUCCAGUGAAAUGGAACAGCAGCUUAAAAAAGCUUUGGAAGAUCUUCAGGAAGCACUAGCAGAAAAAGAGGAGCUGGCACAAAGAUGUCAAGAGCUAGAUUUACAGGUGGCUGCCCUCCAGGAUGAAAAAAACAGCUUAGUGUCAGAAAAUGAGAUUAUGAAUGACAGGCUAGAGCAAUUAGACGACUCUCUUGAUGAUCCAAAUACUGUGGUUGCAAAAAAGUAUUUUCAUGCACAGUUGCAGCUGGAACAACUGCAAGAAGAAAACUACAGGCUUGAAGCUGCGAAAGAUGAUUAUCGUGUCCAUUGUGAAGACCUAGAAAAACAGUUGAUUGAACUGCAGCAUAGAAACAAUGAACUGACCUCUUUGGCAGAAGAAUCUAGAGUCUUGAAGGAUGAAAAUGAUGUUCUAAG